CUUUAGUCGCUCGAGUUCUGUCGAUCGAAGUGGACGUGUGCCGGCUUUAUAUUUCGGGUGAUGCACAAUUGUCAAUUGAAAGUGUAGAGUAAGUGGGAUCGCAAAUAAAUAAAUAACACAUGCAUAAAAGUGUAGAGAACUAAAUCGAAAUGUCCAACUUUGAAUGUUAUCUGCAAGAAAUUGCCGAGGAUAUCCGUAAUCCUAACGAUCCUAGCAACAUUAAAGACUUGAAUGUCGUGAAGAAUUAUGUGCUUAAAAUACUGCGCCUGCAGGACUCCUACUUUAAUAGCAUAUGCAAAAAUGAUAUCCUAUUUGGCAGCUUGGCCCAUAAAGUGCGUAUCUAUAACGACGAUGAAGCGGAUGUUUUGAUGGAGCUGCGCUUUCCGGCGUACACGCGCAUCAAACAGGUGGAAGACGUCAAACGGCCGGGUUUUGUGUUCCUUGACUUUUCGCAGGCUUGCAGCGAUACUAUGAUAGCCAAUCGCCUGGCCAACAAUAAGGGCAGGAUCAUGUCCCAGUCGAAGCUAAGGAGCUGGAUAGAUAGGAUUUUUACGAAUGCCUUGUACAACUACGGCAAUGUGGUUCACGGCAUCUACGAGGACUACCAACUGAAGUACUUUUGGCGCGGCGUGGCCUAUACGAUCCAAGCGGUUUCGCAUCUUCGCACAUUUUCCAUUGACUUUGUGCCGGCCGUAAAAAUUGCCGGUCAGACCACUGGCAACUGGCAUGCUAUACCCAAGUUCUCGAACAUUGCCGGUCCUAUGCACCAUUACACCUUCAUGAUUAGCAACGUGGAGGCGGAGCUGCAGCACGUGGCGCGUUGUGGCCAAAAGUUGCGUGACGUUUUGCGCCUGCUGCAGGCUUUCCGCACCUCAAAGAAUUUGCCAAAGCUGCGCUGCACUCACUUUGUUAACCUGGCCAUUUGGCUAUCCACGCGUAUGGGCUACCAGACCCUAUUCUAUAUGUCAGUUAGUGACCUCUUUUUGCAGAUACUGUACGAGCUUUGCGAAGCCUUUGACGAGGGUCAUUUGCCAUAUAUAUGGAAUUGUCAAAUGAAUCUCCUCGGGAAUUUUAAGAACAUGGAGAUAUUGCAGUAUCAUCGUGAAUUAGUGGAUGCCUACACCACACUUGAUUCAUACCCUUGUCAGCCAGCUCUAAGCUUUGCCCGUUGCCUCAGCCACUUUGAAUAGACAGGCGCAUGGAGAAAAUACUUUUUAUAUAACAUUAUAUAUUAUAUAACAAAAAGCUGGAACGAAUACCAUUUUUAUAUUG